AUGAUGGUUUCGUAUGCAAUGCCGUCUGAGGGCUCAGAGGUCAUGCACAUUCACCUGAGGUUUCCUGCCUUGCCCCACAUAUAAGAUUGUAGUGGGCAGUUUUAUGGGGAUGUUACGCAUCUUCUCACCACACCCUGCUAAACCAGAUGAGCAGACGGAAGCUGAUGCCCAACUGCUGGAGGUUCAGUUGCCUGAUCCCAUCAUUCAAGUGGAGAUGGGCGAGUUUGUCUCUUGUUCAGAGUUGCUCCAUCUGGCAGUGCUUCACCCCAGGAAGCUGUCUGUCUAUGCUGUGUCAGGUACUGCUGGGAAUGUUGAACAUGGUGACCAGUAUCAGCUGCGACUGGUGUAUGAACACAGUUUACAGAGAACAGCUUGCAACAUGACGUAUGGGCCCUUUGGGGGUGUCACAGGUCAUCAUUUCAUCUGUAUUCAGUCCAUGGAUGGGAUGCUGAUGUUUUUUGAGCAGGAGACUUAUGCUUUUGGUCGCUUCCUGCCAGGCUUCUUGUUGCCCGGCCCUCUGAGCUACUGCAUCCGCACUGACUCCUUCAUCACGGUCUCCUCCACCCGGCAGGUGGAGUGCUACAGGUAUGAGACACUGGCUGUAGCCACAGAUGCAGACACCAGACAAGACUCUGAUCAGCAGAGCAAGAGCUCAGGGAAGAGACUGACGGCUGACUGGACACUGGUGUUAGGAGAAGAGGCUCUAGAUAUCUGUGUUCCCAACACAUCUUCAGUGAUGUCCUCCAUCUUUGUGCUGGGGGAGAGAAAUUUCUUUUGUCUCAAGGAUAAUGGUCAGAUCCGCUUCAUGAAGAAAUUGGAGUUCAACCCCAGCUGUUUCUUGCCCUACGGAUCAGUUUCUGAGGGUUCCACCAACAUCCUGAUGUGUAACCAUAACAACAUGCUGCUGGUGUACCAGGAUGUGACGCUGAAGUGGGCGUCCCAGCUGUCAUGUGUGCCUGUGGCUGUACGUGUCGCUAACUUCCCGGAGCUGAAGGGGUUGGUGGUGACUCUGAGCUCUGACGGUCAUCUCCAGUGCUCUUACAUGGGCACUGACCCCUCCUUCUUCACUGCACCUAAAGUGGAUGCCCGAGAGGUCAACUAUGAUGAGGUGGACACCGAGAUGAAAAUGCUGCAAAAGGUUAUUCGUGAGGCUACCAAAACCCAAGACAUUCUCCCGAGGGCAGAGACUGAGGAAGAGCUCACUCUGACGGCCAUAGUCUCAUCUCACCUGGAUGAAGUCUCGUGUGCUGUUAUACCUGAGAUGAACGGCAUGCCUGUCCCCUCUGUCACAGUCAAAGUUAAAAUAAAGAAUCGUGGUGCGGUGCACAGCCCAAAGAUGACGGUGUGUGUUCAGCCUCCUCUGGGAGUCACGCAGGACCAGUUUGUGUUGGACUCCAUAGGUAAUGGUGAGAGUUAGUGGUGAGAUUCUCAGCGUUUCUGAACGGCCAUUAUCCUCCAGCGGAUUUGUGUGGAGAUAUCGCCGUGUCCUACAGCUCAGCUACAGAGCUCAACCCUGCAGGAAUCCCUCGAGUAUCUCAGUGUAAAUUCAACCUGCCUCUUCGGUUAGUGUGCUACCCCUCCUCAGCUAUCAAAAAUGCCAAGUACAAGAUCACUGUGGACACCAACAAACCUCCUGUCAACCUCAGUGAAGUCUUCCCAGGUACCACAACCAAACUUAUUUAUUCUAAUUCUAUUUCAGUCCAGCCAUCUCUGGAAAUUAUGGAUGAAUCAUACAAAAACACAUUGCAACACGUCACCUCAAGCUUCCUUGCCAAAAAGUCAACCAUUAACCAUAAUCUCUAUGUCAAU